AUGCCAAUGGCUCGGUCACCUCCCUGCACACCCCCGGUUGGCAGGGGACACCUAGCCGCGCUCGUCGGUAUCCCGGGGGAGCAGGGCUCCGGGGCAGCGGAGGAAACGCGAGUGGGCGGUCCCGGGCCUCGCAAGCCCCAGCGACGUCCUUAUCUGGGCCUGGCGGGAGCGCGUCUCGGCACUGAUAACCGCCCACAAGGGCCGCCCGGGCUCUGCCGCCGCUGCCAGGGGCCCCGGAGCCCAGGAGAGGGGCGCGCUGGCAGUGCGGGGACAGGGGGCCGGGAAGGGCUCGACCCUCGCCUCCCCGGGGCGCGAGCGGUCGUCUCCCCUCCUCCCGCAGAAGCCACUGCGACGGCCGCCCCGCCGGCUCGCUCCUCCCCAGGUCCCUCCGGUCGGGGCGGGCCGAGGGGUCGCUCCGCCUGGCCCGGCGCCCCCCACCCACGCGGACCCGAGUGCCCGCCCCUCUGCGGGGGCCGCGGCCCAAAGGUCCCAGAGAUGGGGGAGGGGGUCAACGGGGGAGGUGUCGGGGGCUUAAAGAGAAAGAGGGGUCUUCCGGUCUCGGCCACCGCUCCGGGCUACGCCCCCUCCUCGGACCUUGGCGAGUACUCUUCCCGGGGUCCCCGGUCGGGGAGAAAAACCUCGCGGUCGCGCUCCGCUCGGCCCAAAGGGAGCGGCGAAGAACCGGCGAGGAAAACGCCUAAGGGAGGCUCCUGGCGAUUCCAGCCGGGGAGGGGGUCGGGGGUUAAACCCGGAGCCCGCGUCCCAGACCUGGCGACCUCCCGCGUCUGGAGGGUGGCGACCCGCCAGCCCACCGGUCUCCUCCUCUCACUUGCCCAAGCAAGGGGCGCCACUUGGGACGUGAACUUCCAGGGCCAGCAAGCUGGAGCCAGAACCGCCGCUCCUCGGCCCGCGGCGCCGGAUUCGGUCCCGCCAACCCCGCACCCACGGUCGCAGGGGCCGCUCGCGGCUGCGGGCGCAUCGGGUGCCGGGCUUCGCUCUCCCCGACGAGCAGGGACACCCUACAGUCGUGGGGAAGCUCCCUCGGCCGGCCCGGAUCCGACCCGCAGGCAGCCCGCAGGCGAGCCGGUUCUCCCGCUGCAGGUCCAGACCCGCGCGUCUUCGCCUCAACCUUCGCGGGGAGGCUGGAGAAAGGCAGUCCCGCGCCCCCCGCCGCGGCUCCGAGUCCCCGCGGCCCCACCCCGCCCCCUGGGCCGGUGGGCUCGGCGCUCACUCACCGCGCCCGGCUCCGGCCGCAGCCUGCAGCCGCGGUCUCCCGACGCCGCCGACUCCCGCGGGUCACUGCAGGCCCCGCCGCCCCAGGACCGCGAGGGGGCAGGGCGAGGCGGAGCGGGGCGGGGCGGAGCCGCUGCCUCAGGUAACAAUGCUGCGGACCGGGCUGCUCCCCGCGCCGGCCGCGAAGGGCAGCACGCCCUUUCCUGCUCGGCGGCCUCCCCCGCUCCCCUCCACCCUCUGGGCGCCGCCGACGCCGCCACCGCGCUCGCCUUCACCUGCCCCGGGCUCUCGGGUCUUGGAAGCCGCGCUCGCAAGCUGUUCCCGGCACGCGAAGACGGAUGCGGGCUGUGGAGGGAGGUCGGGGAGAGGGAGACGGAGAUGGCGCGGCUUGGAGUGGAGCCGGGUGUCCUAGUGGAACGGGCGAGGGAGGCGCCACGCUGGCUUCGGAGCGGGCAAGCGGCUUCCACAAAGGAGCCUCUGCCGCAGCCUCCAGGACACCCUCCCCUGCGCACACGCGCGCGCACACACCGCACACACUUCAGCAAGCACGCACACCCUCCAGCACACUCACGCAUCCCCGCGCGCCGCAGAGCCUGUUUCUCCCUGGAGCACUGGGCAGCACUCGGAGGACUGUCCCAGCCCGGUGGCCGAACUUUGGCGGGCCCGAGCUUCCCCAGCGGUCCGCCCCUUCCUGGGGCCUGCCAACCUUGACUUGUGACGCCAGGCAGUGAGAAGCGAGUCGUCAAAGAAAACUCACCGGGCAGAUCGGCCGGCGGAAGUCAGCUGCCGAGUGGGGAGGCGCCCUCUGCGGGGAUGAGGUCAUCGCCACCUUUGACUCGGUGAUCCCAGAUAACCGACCAGGCUUUUCCAGGCUCAGGUGCCUGGGGACUUCCUCCUUCUCCACCUGGUCCCCGGUGCCUGAACCCAAAGGACAGAAUUCCUGGCAUGCUCCUCGGAUAGAAAAAGAGGAACUAGUAAUGUAGACCAAGCGACCAACCAACUAGACCCCAAACCUGCUCACCAGUAGCCCGUUUCUUGGUCAUGGGUCAGGUGUACACUCCGAAAAAGAAACGGAUGCUAGUAAGAUCAUGGAAAGGCUCGAGAGUCGGAAAAGGUGAUUAAAGACAGUCCUGUGUUUUAUACUGAUAUUAAUCCCAAAUGAAUAUUGACUCGAGUGGCAAAAGUUGACUGACAGGGUGCCACAAGUGAGGAACGGUUGGCAUCCUCUACCUUUCUUUCCCGGCUGCGAGGGGGGCCCACACCUGCUGCCUCUUCCCACUCCUCCAGCCCUGGGAACAUGGCCGCCCAGCAUGCGCUCUGAAUCAGUCACCUUAGCCCUGUGUAGAGAGGCUCACCUGUGAUCCCAGCUGCUGCGAGGCAGGGGCAGGAGGAUCACUUGAGCCAGGAGGUUAAGCCAACCUGGGCAACACAGCCAGACCCCUGUCUCAAAAAAAAAAAAAAGAUAUCACUAAGUGGUCAAGUUGGGCGACCCACCCCUGCCUCUCCUCCCUCUGAUCUCUGCAGGGUCCUGCCAUCUGCUUUUCUGGCCUUCCCUGAGGACCCUUCUUUUCCUUUGAGGGUGGUCAUAAGCCUCUUCCAAGUCUUGAUCUCCCAUCAUCCAUUAUUAUCCCAAGCCAAUUGCCUUUCACUCCAACCUGGAUGGUCCUGCUUUGGUGGGGCUUGAAGCCUACAACUUGAGAGGGAGGUUUUUAAAGCACAACAAUAAAAACUUACAAACAAA